AUGAGCGACUUUGAAGCUACUUUUAUACAUGAAGAAAAUCUACCAAAAUUACCUCUACCUGAUUUAAGUGACACCUUAGAUCAUUUGAAAAAAUCAUUAGAACCUUUAUACUACGCAGACGGUUAUUAUAAACAUCCCUUGGAUCCGCAACAGAUUAUUAAUUUAGACGAAAUUUUAAACACUUUUAAAAAAUCUAACGUUUCUUCAAUUUUACAAAACAAACUGAAAGAGUUUUAUGUGGAGAAUGAUUCAUAUCUAGAUGAUUUACAUUUAGAUGUAAAUAAUCAUAUCUGUACAAAGACUAUACAGGACGACAUUUUACCACGUAACCCAUUUUUAAUCUUGGCUGAUGAUGCUAUUCCUGAUAUUAAUCAAGUGGAUAGAUCUGCUGUCCUGGUUCAUUCUGCAUUAAGGUUUAUCUCUGCUUUGAAAAAACACUAUUUACCAAAUGAUGUCAAUUCAAAAACAGGUCAAUAUUUGUCCAUGUUCCCCUAUUUAAAUUUAUUUGGUACGACAAGGUAUCCUGUGUUUCAAAGUGGAGAAAUUGAAAAUUUUGAUUUAAAUAAACCUUUCACUGUUUCCGACUUAGAUGAACUUAUGUCUGGUAAUAAUACUGAUGAAAAAAUGAACAAUUUUGGAAAUGAGAAUGAAAGUAAGCAUGAGAAUGAAGAUGAAAAUGAAAAUGAGGAAUUUAUUAGCCAUGGUAUCACUAUUAAUAGAUAUAAUGAAUCAAAACAUAUUUUAAUCAUCUCUAGAGGUCAAUACUACAUUUUAGAUGCCUUAGAUGAAAAUAAUGACAUAAUUUGUUCAAUCGCAGAUUUAUCCAAAUUUUUUGAAUAUAUUGUCAAGGAUUCUCAAAUGAAUGCAAAUUUACAAAAAGAAUCUACAGCUUUGGGUUCCUUAACAUCCCAUUCUUAUAAAAAUUGGAAAUAUGCAAGAAAAAGACUGCAAAAAAGGUAUCCACAGGAACUACACUUAAUUGACUCUGCAUUGUUUGUUUUAAUCUUAGAUGAGUCGGAACAACAAAUUGAAGAACAUUACAACAAUGUUUAUACUCAAAAUGAUAACUAUUUCCCUGAAUUCGAUCAAGAACGCUCCACUAAUUGUAAAAGAUUACUUUAUGGCACUUCUAUCAUUGACCAAAGAGGUUAUCAAGUCGGUACAUGUGUCUCUAGAUGGUUUGAUAAAUUACAACUUGUUGUUACCAAGGAUUCUAAAGCCGCUGUCAUUUGGGAUUCAUUCACUUGUGACGGUUCUGUUAUUUUAAGGUUUGCUUCUGAGAUGUAUACCGAAUCAGUUCUUAGGUUAGCUAGAGAAGUUAACGCUAAUGAUCCAAAGUUUUCUUUAUGGCCAAAAGUAUCUCAAAGUAAAUUAGAUUUGUAUAAGGAUUAUUCGAAGAAAGACCCUUCAGAAGUCGUAUCUAAGAUAGAUUGGUCUUUUAGCAAUAUUUUAAAUACUCAUGUUCAUUUAUCUGAGACAAAGUUAGCAGAUUUAAUAUCUAAAUAUGAUAUUGUGCGUGUUUCUAUUCCUAUGGGACGUAAGUCUGCACAAAGACUAGGUAUUAAACCAGAUUCAAUGGUGCAGAUUGCAUUGCAAAUUGCUCAUUAUGCUUUGUACGGUCAAAUGAUUUUCACUUUAGAACCAAUCUCCACACGUAAUUAUAAGAAUUCCAGGUCAUCAUUUAUUAACAUACAAAACCAGGAUGUCUUGGAAUUAUGUCAAGCAUUCAUAUCUAACACUAUUGAUGGUCCAGGCAAAUUAGACAAAUUUCUUCAAACUUGUGAAAAACAUUAUGAAUUGAUUAAAUCAGCUAAGAAUGGUAAUUGUUAUGAGAAACAUUUCAAUGCAUUGAAAUACUUGUACAAAUUUCGUAACCAUUUCAAUUUAAAUUUAUCUAAUACAGAUAUUGAAGUUGCCAAUAAUUUAUUUAAUUCAACACUGAUUGCACCAUUUUCACAACCUGAAUUGAUUGCUGCUAACUGUGGGAAUGUUGCUACGACAACUUUUGGCAUUACACCAGCUAUUCCACAAGGGUUUGGUAUCGGUUAUAUAAUAAAAGAAGAUCAGAUUGAUUUGACUGUUACUUCUCAAUUUAGACAAGGCAAAAGAUUGAUGUUUAUGUUGAAUUGGGUCUUGCAAGAAAUUAAAUCAUUCUGGAAGGGUGUUCGCCAUACUUCCCAUAAUAAAACCGGUGUUAAGAUUAGUCCAUUGGUUGAUAAAUUAUACGAGCUGGAUAACGCUGCAAACAAAAAAGUACUUCAUAGUGAUUCUGCACACAACAGUAAAGUUAAUGCUGACAAUAUGGAUGGAUCUGAAGAAGCUAUAUCAUCAUCUCCAGAUUCUGAAAGAGAUAAAACUACAACAGCUGCUCCACCAAGAUCUAAUAAUUCACAUUUAUUUAAUUAUGGCUUCUUUGACAUGGGUGGUCAUUCAAGGAGCAUAUCUGUUACACCACCAAGAAAAGAGACUAUGGAGAAUAGUAGUUAUAAGUUAUCAUCCAGACUUGCAGAAUUGGCAAUGUCUAAUAAUAACAAUCUGAAUCAUCAAAAUAAAUAUCAUAGUAAUAUCCCACAUCAUUCAAGUUCUGCAUUAUCCGUUCCAACCGAGACUGAAAAAUUACACACAGGACAUAAGAUUGUGAAAGUACAACCUACCAGUUUGACAGAAACACCAAUUGAUAGUGAUUCUGAAACAAGUACCCCGUCUUCACAAUCAUCAUAUUCAAGAUCAGAAACGUCAAGAAGAAGACGCAGUACCAAUGUCAUUAACUCUAAGUUCAAGAUUGAUUUUGAUCGUUCUAAUGUUGGUAGAAAAGUCAUUGCAUUUGAAUAA